CCAAACUUGGAGAUCCAAAUUUCUCAAUUCAGAUCGGAAAACAUGGCAACCGUCACAACACAGGCUUCUCUGGCAGGUCUCCGGCCAUGCAAAUCGAAAUCGAAGUUCCUGUCUGGGUCUUCUGGCAAACUUACCAGAGGAUUCUCUGUCCGAAAAGCUGCUUCAUCGGCUCCAAAUUCGUUCAAGAUUGAAGCCAAGGGUGAGUGGUUGCCGGGUUUGGCCUCUCCAGGGUAUCUCAAUGGCAGCCUCCCUGGUGACAAUGGAUUUGAUCCUCUUGGACUUGCAGAGGACCCUGAGAACUUGAAAUGGUUUGUUCAGGCAGAGCUUGUUAACAGCAGGUGGGCUAUGUUGGGUGUAGCAGGGAUGCUGCUGCCAGAAGUCUUCACGACGAUCGGUAUCAUCAAUGUUCCAAAAUGGUAUGACGCAGGGAAAGCUGAAUACUUUGCUUCUUCAUCCACCCUCUUUGUGAUUGAGUUCAUCUUGUUCCACUACGUGGAGAUCAGAAGGUGGCAAGAUAUUAAGAACCCUGGAAGUGUUAACCAAGAUCCCAUCUUCAAGAACUACAGCUUGCCUCCCAAUGAGGUUGGAUACCCUGGUGGGAUCUUCAACCCCCUUAAUUUUGCACCAACUGAAGAGGCCAAGGAGAAGGAGCUUGCCAAUGGGAGGUUGGCAAUGCUUGCAUUCUUGGGUUUCAUUGUUCAACACAAUGUGACUGGGAAAGGACCCUUCGAUAACCUCCUACAGCACCUCUCUGACCCAUGGCACAACACAAUUGUCCAAACACUCGGGGGAAAUUAAAUCAAAUUAGAGAGGAAUUGGAUUAUUCUGUAAGAUCUGUAAUCAUGAGUGAAUAGAUUUUGAGUGGGGAUGAGCUUCACUGUAGAAACAAAAAACCUUCAAUGUACAGGGGAACUAAGAAUGUAUUAUUACUUCAGUUCUAUCCAUGUUCAUAUAUGUGCUACU